CCCCCGCCAGCGCCCCAGGAUGCUCAAGGCUGCCUAAAACCGGGGGAAGGUCCCGCUGGUGCUGCCGCUGCUCCCUGGGUGCCCCCAUCCCCAAAUCCCAGCCCGAAAGGACUCCCGGCUCGUAGGACGAUAGGCAGGAGGAGCACGGAGCCUCCCAAGCCAAUGGAUCAAAAACUGCAGCUCCGGCACGCGGAGAAGAACAUCCCCAGGGCCGCCCGGGCGGUUUUCUGCCUCCUCCAGAUCCCGGAGCCGGACCCCUUCAGCCUGUGGGUUUAGGUGCUCCCGCCCGGCCGGCUUUGCCCCUCCCGGAGCCGGUGUCACCGGCGGAGAGCCCCGCUCGUCCUCGGCACUGGGGUCCCUGAUGGACCCUCCAGGAUCCCGCCUGCCCGGGACGGCGCUGAGCACCACAUGAGCGUGGGAGCGGCAUGGCCAGCGACGCGAGGAUGGGGGAGAGCCCGGCGCGGUGGAGAAGAGCCCCGGAGGCAGCGCAGGACUCGCGGGGGAUGGAGAGCAGCGGGAUGCUUUUAUCCCGAAGCGCCGCUGCCGACCUGGGACUCCCGGGCUACCCGGAGCCCGGCAAACUGAGCUACGGGAUGGAGAAAGGAUGUCCCUGGAGGGGCUCCGAGGGAUGUUUGGGACCCGUCCGGGGCUGCCCCUACCCCCCGGCCCCUCCGUGCCUGCGGGAUUCCCUGUGCCGCCCCAAGGACGGAGCCGAGCUCCCCCCGCUGCUGCCCCCCCGGAACGGGCAACCCAAAGCGGGCUGGGGGGAGCCCUGCAAGGAUCGCUGGGCCGAGGCCGUGCUGGCCCCGCUGGCCCUUUACAGCCACGCCUAUCACCGCUACCCCCUGCCCGUAGCGGGGCUGGACCCUCCGCGCCCCAGCACGGCCGGCAAGCCCCGCGGGGACGCGGCCGGAGACCCCCUGGCUUUCCGCCACUGUCCCUUCCUGGUGGAGGCCAAGCACAGCCCGUUCCUGCUGUCCUCGCUGCUGCCCCCGGCCGAGCCCCCGUUCGGCGGAGCGGGAGCGGAGGGGCCGGGCCCGGUGGGGGACGGGCGGUUCGCAGCUCUGGACUGGCGGCUGGGCUCCUACGGACCCGCCUGGGGACAGCCCCUCUACCUGGGGGUCCCGCCGAGGUGCAAGGCGGCUCUGACCCCCUUCGACGGCUGCUCCAGCUCAGGGAACAAGGAGUUUUACACGAAGAAAGAAGCCGGGUUCCACCCCUCCGCCAAGAACCAGCUGCUGGGCAAGAGCCAAGCAGGGCACGACAGAGACGGGGAGGGGGAGCCGGCGGUGCCGGAGCUGCCGGGAGCCCCGUGGAGGGAUGGCCGGGCGGGGGGCAGCUCGGCGGUGCCCGCUCCCCAUCCCCGCACGCCUCCCCCCAGCUCCAGCCACCCCCUGCUCCUCCUGCAGCCCGGCUCGGGGGGCUGCGGGGGGCCCUGGGUGGGCGCACGACCCCCGGGUGGGGAUUUCUCCAUGGACACGGGGCCGGGCCGGCCCUCGGAGCACAAAGAUGAGCGGCUUGGCUACCAAAGCGCCCAGCCUGGCUCGCCCCCUGGCUCGCUGGAUGGGCACUACCCAGCGGCUCUGGGCAAGCAGGAGAACCCCCCGGCCUGUGUGUGCCCCACCCCCGGCUGCGAUGGGUGCUCGGGGACAGGCUGCGGGGUGCCCAACCCCUUCGAGCCCACCCUGGGCACGGCCGGGGGGCGUUUCCCGUGCCCCCCCAGCAACCACACCAAGCUGAAGAAGACGUGGCUGACGCGGCACUCGGAGCAGUCGCUGCCUCGCUCCAAGGCUCCCCGCAGGGAUGGGGGUCCCGAGCCCCCCGGGGAGGGCAAACGCUCCUCCAAACGCCCCCACGGCACCCACGAUGGUCCCCGCGCUGCCGGAGAGGGAGCCGGGGCGGCCAAGAGGGGCAGCAAGGCCGGGGAAGGUGCGGAGAGCGCGGGGCAGCCCGAGGAGAGGAGGAUGGAGCUGGGAGAUGGAGGUGAGGAUGCUCAGGAUGCGCAGCGGGGCCGGGGAGGGAGCAGGGGUAGCACCCAAUCCCAAGGGAAUUUUGGAUCCAGGCUGCUGGGAACACGUGUGGGCUGCGGAACCUGCUGCGCUGGGGUUUGUCCCGGGUCUGGCAGCGAUUCCCAGGGUGGACACGGGUGGAAAUGUCCCUUUGGGGCAGCGUGGCACCCUCGGGUGGGAUUCCCAGAGGGUGGAAAUGCUGCGGCGGGGUCGGUGACUCCUCGGGGAGGUGUUGGAACCCCAGCCCUACUUUCCAGCCCUACUUUCUGGCCCAGUUUUCAGCCCCCGCCACAGCGUGCGAGUCACAGGAUCCCAGAAUCCGGGAAUGGUUUGGGUUGGAAAGAACAGCCGCCGAGCCGUGCGGGGGAGCCGCGGUGCCUGCAGAGCCUGCCCUGCACGGCGCUGCCCCCGAGCAUCCCCCGCUGCUGUGCCUGCGCCCCCCGCGCCGGGGGGGACCCCGAGGGCCAGGAGGAUGAGGAGGAGCCCCCCGAGAGCACCUGCAGGCUGCUGCACUUCCGCAGGUUCGCUGUCGGGGACAGAGGGGAGCUGAGCGUCGAUGGCCUCUGCACCCUGCGGGAGGCCGAGGGGGAGCUGCUGGAAACCACCGGCCCCGAAUCGGGGGGCAGGAAUGUGGGGAGCAGGAAUGUGGGGAGCAGGAAUGUGGGGAGCAGCCUCUGCCUGGCCAAAUACCUGCUGGGGGUCCUGGGGGAUCCCUUCUGUGCCGCCGUCCGCAGGGACAGGGACACGUGGCCGGGAGCCCCCGGCGGACCCGAGGGGGUGACAGGUUGGAGGCGGAGGGAAGGAGCCCCCCAGCUCUGUGACUGCUGCCAGCGUGGCUUCUUCAACUCCCACUGGAGCUGCGCCAGAUGUGGCUUCCAGCUGUGCCCCGACUGCCACCGCAGCAGGAGGGAGGAGAGCGGCGCUGAGGGUCCGGUGAUGCCACCUGAGUGCGCCCCCGGGCGGGACCACCCCGUGUCAUCCCUGGUGCCCACGCAGUUCGUGCCCAGCUGUGUCCUGACCCGGCUCUGGAAGCUCCUGCACGAGGUCAGGGUCAAGUUUGGCAUCGAGUCUCGCUGUCCCUGCGGGGAGGGGACAGCGGAGCAGAGCCUGGCGGAGUCCCCGGGCAGGCAGGAGCCGCCGGGGGCCGCAGUGCCCACCCUGCCACCCCGCAGCCACGGCCCAGCCCAGCCCACCCGGCCCAUCAAGGAAGAGAGAGCCGAGGAGGGGCCGCCGUCCCCGGGGCAGCCCCCGGCCAGGGGGGGUCCCGUGCACACCACGACCCUGUGCGACCUGCUGGCCUCCACGGCCGUGAAGCUGUGCCUGGGGCAGGACGGGGUGCGCAUGGCCUUCGCCCCCGUGGCUCCUGCCCUGCCCAGCGAUAAUCGCCUGACCAGCAUCCUGGACAGCAUCAUCGCCAGCGUGGUGGAGAGGAAGAUCCAGGAGAGGCAGGCGGGGGGCGAGCUGAGCCCCCCCAGCUGCCAGGAGCCCCCCGCAUCCCACUGCGUGCUGGCCCCCAGCGGGCUGCUCUGGCUGCACGACCCCGGCCACGCCAGCAACUACAAACUGUUCCAGGAGCACUGGCGGCAGGGCCAGCCCGUGCUGGUCUCAGGGCUGCAGAAGAGGCUGGAGGGGCGGCUGUGGGCUCCAGAAUCCUUCCAGCCCUCCGGGAAGGAGGAGGAGGAGGAGGAGGUGGAGGCGGUGAACCUGCGGAAACCGCGGAGCCGAGUCCGGAUGAGCAGCCGCGAGUUUUGGGAUGGCUUUGUCGCCAGCACAGCAUCCCCGGAGCAGGAACGGAGCGGCGGGGACCUGCUCAAGCUGGAGAGUGGCUUUGGGGACACCGAGCUGAGCCGGGCCACCAACCUGCGGGCCAGCCUGCCCCUGCCCGAGUACUGCGGGGCCAGCGGCCGCCUCAACCUGGCCACCUACCUGCGGGGACAGCGGGGCCGGCGGUGGCUGCGGCCGCGAGUCCGCGUGGCCUACGGUGUGCGUCCUCAGGAGCGGAAUUUCGGGACCAAAAACCUGACGGUGGAAGCUGCCGACACCAUCAACGUCCUGACCCACGCAGCGCCAGCCCCGCGGGAGGUGCUCCUGCCAGGGGACAUGGACGAGCUGGACGCGGGGCUGCGGGAGCGGCUCGGGGACAGCGGGCGGCCCGGGGCACUGUGGCACAUUUUCCGUGCCGAGGAUGCGGGGACGAUCCGGGAUUUCCUGCGGAAGGAAUCCGAGGAGCCGGGACAGGACGGGGAGGUCACCCCGGAGCCCCCCGGUCGUUACCUGGACCCCGCUCUGCGGCGGCGGCUGCGGGACGAGUGCGGGGUGAGCGGCUGGAGCCUCCUCCAGCUCCCCGGGGACGCCGUGCUGGUCCCCGCCGGGGCUCCCCACCAGGUGCAGAGCCUGAGCGGCACCAUCAGCGUGGAGCAGCGAUUCCUGUCCCCGGAGAGCGCCGUGCGCCUCGGCAGCGACCCCGCGGGGACCCCGCGCCACCUCCGCGCCCAGCUGGAUGGGAUGAUCUUGGCCGCAGUGCGGGAGGCUCUGGGGGUCCUGCGGGGCUGCAAGUGAGGCCAGGACGCGACGGGAGGACACCGGGGACCUCGGUCACGGCCACGGGACACCGGGGGAGCCGGGACCCGGCGCCUUGUGCUCGGUGCUUUGCUCCGAGUGCUCCCGGGAGUGCUCGGGGCAGGAGGAAUAAAGUGUCCAGCACCACCAGCACCCACCUCGGUGUCUUCUUUUAUCCCAUCGGGGGCAGGGGGGGUCUCCCUUCACCCCCUUUUCAUCCCAUCAUGGUCAGGGGUGUUCUUCCUUUAUCCUUCUCCAUCCCAUCGGGGUCAGGGGUGUUCUUCCUUCAUCCCUCUCCAUCCCAUCGGGGUCAGGGGUGUUCUUCCUUCAUCCUUCUCCAUCCCAUCGGGGUCAGGGGUGUUCUUCCUUCAUCCCUCUCCAUCCCAGGGGCACCACCAGCACCCACCUCGGGGUCUGCCUUCAUCACAGCGAGGGGCAGGGUGGUCUCCAUCACUCCCUCUCCG